AAUCCUUGUCUCCGAGCAACAGAGACAAAUUAUAGAGAGAGAAACAAAGAGGGGUUUUGUUUGGUGGGAUUUUCCAAUUUUCCAACUUGCUGCUUAGUUUUUUGGAUUUUGGUUGUUGGGUACUUGGUGGGGUGAGAGAAAGUUUGGGACUUUGUUUAUUCUGUGGGAAAGUUUAAUUUUUUUUAGUUGGGUUUGAGGGAUUUAGGGUUUGGAUUGGUGGGUUGUGAGUGGAAUCAGCAACCAUGAACAUGAUGAGACGGCUCAAGAGCAUUGCUUCUGGGAGGACUUCUAUUUCCUCAGAUCCUGGAGGAGAUUCAAACAGCAAAAGAGCUAAGCUUGACCAAGAAACUGAAAAGAAGGUCAAUGAGGAAACAAAAACUUUAGGUGGCAAAGAUCAGGAGCAGCAUGUGGAUGCAUCAAAAGAAUCAACUGUUGGUACAUCAGAUGUGUCUACAGUAGCUAAAACUGAGAAGUCUGGUUUUGAUGAACUUCCAAAAGAGUUACAUGAAAUGAAAAUCAAAGAUGAGAAAAGCAAAAACAACAAUGAAAAGGAUAUAGAAGCAAGUAUAGUGAGUGGUAAUGGAACAGAAACAGGUCAAAUAAUUACAACUGCUAUUGGUGGUCGAGACGGACAGCCGAAGCAGACAAUCUCCUACAUGGCUGAACGUGUGGUUGGGACUGGAUCCUUUGGUGUUGUUUUUCAGGCUAAGUGCCUUGAAACUGGUGAAGCAGUUGCCAUAAAGAAGGUGCUGCAAGACAAGAGAUACAAGAAUAGGGAACUCCAGGUUAUGCGCACAGUUGACCAUCCUAACAUUGUUAAACUAAAGCACUGUUUCUUUUCAACUACCGAUAAAGAUGAGUUGUACCUUAACCUAGUUUUGGAGUUUGUUCCCGAAACUGUCUACAAAGUUUCAAAGCAAUAUAUUAGGGUGCACCAACAUAUGCCUAUCAUUUACGUGCAACUGUAUAUAUACCAGAUAUGUCGUGCAUUGAAUUAUUUACAUCAAGUGAUUGGCGUCUGUCAUCGUGACAUCAAACCUCAGAACCUAUUGGUUAAUCCCCAGACACAUCAGUUAAAGAUAUGUGAUUUUGGGAGUGCAAAGAUGUUGGUGCCUGGUGAACCAAACAUAUCAUACAUAUGCUCUCGAUACUACCGAGCACCCGAGCUUAUAUUUGGAGCAACUGAAUACACAACUGCUAUCGAUAUGUGGUCUGUUGGUUGUGUUUUGGCUGAGCUCCUUCUUGGACAUCCAUUGUUUCCUGGAGAGAGUGGAGUUGAUCAGUUAGUGGAGAUCAUUAAGGUCUUGGGAACACCAACCAGAGAAGAAAUCAGGUGCAUGAAUCCACACUACAACGAAUUUAAGUUCCCUCAGAUUAAAGCGCACCCGUGGCACAAGGUUUUUUACAAGAGGAUGCCACCUGAGGCCGUGGAUCUUGUGUCAAGGCUUCUUCAAUAUUCACCAAAUCUACGUUGCACGGCGUUGGCUGCAUGUGCACACCCAUUCUUCAACGAUCUACGAGACCCGAAUGCAUCUUUGCCAAACGGGCAACCACUACCUCCUCUGUUCAAUUUCACACCUGAAGAACUGGCACAUGCACCUGAUGAGUUGCGUCUACGUCUAAUUCCUGAGCAUGCAAGGAGUUGAGUUGAUUUUCGCUUUGAAACAUCUCCAGAGAACACUGUAAAUGGGUUUUGAAUGAAUAGAUACCCUCACCUGCAUAAUUGUGGCUACAACUCAGACAAACAUUAACACCUUGCAACCACCAUUUAUAGACAUGCAGGUAAAACUUAACUUACAUGGAUAAAGUGGCUCGUCCUGGUGUUAGGGUUGUGAACCAUUUUAGUAGUUCAUGGUUUGAUGUAUGCCUAAGUUCUGUAAGAUAGUGAGUUGUGACAAUCGCUACAGUCAUGUUUCCAUAUAGUUGAAGACAUGAAGUUCGUUUAUUCCUUAAGAUAAGAUGGACUAGAGUAGGAUUCUAUUUAUAUCUUUAUUUCAGGGGGGAAAAUCUACAUUCUUUGAUGAUUCUCCCAGGUCCUGUCAUUAACAUAUAAUCUUACAAGGUUAACCAUUCUUUCCA